AUGAGCACCUAUGCUACUCGUCCCGAUACACCUUCUCAUUUGUUGAUAGAUAUGAAUAGCGUGGCUUGGCAGAAGGCUAAUGAGGCGGCAAUAGUUCUUGGUAUUUGGGGUGCAGGAGUGACAAUAUUGACGCCCCUCGGAAAAUACAUGCUCCCACAAUCUGCAGGUCAGAAGAUCAAGGAUGCUAGGACUAUGGUCAAGGAAAUCGAGGAAUUUGUGGAUUCCAUCGGACCGUGUGAGCGUGCUCAAAUCGAACUUGACCGACCGGACUUCUUUGAGCACCUGGAGGACUUCAUCGAAAAAACUAUCGAUACCUUGAAUACUCUCGAUGCUAAUACCAUCGAUGCCUCCAAAUGGACCCGUUACAAUUAUCCCAUGUUUAGCUCUUUACAGUCAAAUUUGAACGACAUCCGCGAUCUCGUUACAAUUGUACGCGAGGACAUUGUUAAAACCACUGUGGCAGCAAAACGCGGUUCUACGGUAGCUCCCGAAUGGCGGUGGGCUAGUACAAAACCUACAAGGUCAACAUUAGGCAAUAUGGUUGGCAGAGUGUCUAGUCUCUUGUUUUCUGGAACAGCUCAAGACCUCCCUGAGAUCCCACACCAGUAUCCGAUGGAGUUCCCAGAGGGAUAUAUUCUGAGCCCUAUUCCAAGUGUUUCCGGCUCUGCGUUAGGUUGUUCAGCGGGUACGACUAUAGCGGCAUGCACGGCGACGGAGAGUUCUGUAAUAGCCCUCAAUCGGCUUGACGACUCUCCUGCGUAA